AUGUCGCAGACACUGACGCUGCAUCCCGUCACGGCCUUCACGUUCACCACCAAGGAGGCGCAGCCGGAAGAAGACCCGUCGGUGGCAGCGCGGCUGCAGCGGCUCCAGAACAACUACGAGGAUCUUGGCAUGAGGCGUACUGUCGAAGCGGUGCUGGUGGUUCACGAGCAUGGACAUCCGCAUGUUCUCAUGCUCCAAAUCGCAAACGCCUUCUUCAAGCUACCGGGAGACUACCUAAAGCCAGGAGAGGAUGAGGUGGAAGGUAUGAAGGCACGACUGGACGAGAGACUCAGUCCGGUCGAAAGCGAUCCUGCCUCUUUUGGCCCUAACGGCGAAGGACGAAAUAAGGACGAUGGCGAUUGGGAGAUUCAGGACUGCCUAGCCCAGUGGUGGAGACCCAACUUUGAAACGUUCAUGCCGUGCACCUGCGUCCGUCUCGCUGCCACUCUCGCCAGAAUGUCGCUGUACAACAGCUCGACAAACGGACCUGUGCCCCAACAGACUUUGAGCAAACUGAACAGCCGACUUCGAGGCACGAGCAUACUCGCCAACUCGUCUCCUCCACCUCUCACCUCAGCACAACACAAUGACCCAAGCCUGAAUGAGAUGCGCAAACGGCGGGCCGCACGCAGCGACGCACUCGAGAUUGCUUGA